UUUAGACUCUUCAAUACCUCUAGUUUACAGGGAAUGUAAGUACAUAACGCUUUUAAAUGUGGUGUGUUUAUUCCACAAAAAUACUCCCAACACACACUUUUAAAUAAUAAUACAACCACCCAAACGGAAUAUGGACAACGGCAUCUCAAAGAAAUUGCAACCCAGGGAGCUGCCGCCUCUACCGCAGAUGAGGAAGCUUUUGAAUCUGGUAGAGGAACUCAGAGACGAGGGUGAUGACUUAAGCAGCAACUUUGUGGGCGUGUACUUAGCUGGAUUCAGGCACAGCUUGCGUCUCUGUCGCAGGCGGCGCAGCACCGCCCUAACGUCCUGCCCCGCCCACUGUCCUAAUAGCUGCAACAGCGCCCUCAUCUGCACCUAUGAAGAGGUGGUGCGCUACCAGCGCAGCAGAAAUGAUGUGCACCGUCUCAUCGCCCUCCUAGGUCCAUCAGGUGUGGGAGUCAAUGAACUGCGCAGGUGCCUGAUUGAAAUGAAUCCCAACACAUUCCAAGGCGCAAUACCUCACACAACAAGAGCACCCAAAGGAUACGAGGAGUUGGGCAGAGAAUAUCACUUCACCAGCCGAGAGGAAUUUGACAACAUGGUGUACAAAAACAGGUUCCUGGAGUACGGCGGGUAUAAAGGCAAUCUAUACGGCACGAGCAGGGAAGCAGUGAAGGAAGUUUUAAACAGCGGGAAGAUCUGUGUGAUUGACAUUGAACCAAAUGCCAUUCAGGCGGUGAGAACACAUGACCUGCGGGCGUACAUCAUCUACGUGAAGCCGCCGCCGCCGCAGCAACUGAGGGAGACCAGACAGAACUCCUACAUAACCACUGACUACCACAUCGACCGCCCCUUCAAGGAUGAGGACUUCCAGGAGAUGGAGGAGGCCGCCCACAAGAUGGAGUCUCACUACGCACAGUUCUUUGAUGGUGUGAUCGUCAACGAGGACCUGAAGGAGUCCUGUCUCCAGCUGCUGGCAGCAGUACAAGAGGCGCAGGACGAGCCACAGUGGCUUCCUGCCAGCUGGAUAACACCCGCCACAGAAGUAGAAUAACACUUCUACCCGCCACAGAAGUAGAAUAACACUUCUACCCGCCACAGAAGUAGACUAACACUUCUACCCGCCACAGAAGUAGAAUAACACUUCUACCCGCCACAGAAGUAGAAUAACACUUCUACCCGCCACAGAAGUAGACUAACACUUCUACCCGCCACAGAAGUAGAAUAACACUUCUACCCGCCACAGAAGUAGAAUAACACUUCUACCCGCCACAGAAGUAGAAUAACACUUCUACGCACGACAAUUUUAACACCAGAUCUAGCCGUCAUGUUCUUUACUUUUAUAUACCUGCACAAAAACAGUAUUGCCUCGCUCGCAAAUGGACUUCUGUCAGUACACUUCAGUUAGUACACUGAGGGCUCCAGUUUUGACCGUGCGCAUCGUGUACUUACCGUAUUUUUCGGACUAUAAGUGGCAGUUUUUUUCAUAGUUUGGCCGGGGGUGCGACUUAUACUCAGGAGCGACUUAUGUGUGAAAUGAUGAACACAUUAGCGUAAAAUAUCAACUACCGUAAUUUCCGGACUAUAAGCCGCACCAGCUAAAUUUAGGGGAAAAUACAGAUUGCUCCAUAUAUAAGCCGCACCCGACUAUAAGCCGCAGGGUUUUGAUGUGUAAUUAGCGUAGUAUAUAGGGGUUCCUGCUACCACGGAGGGGAUUGUCGGGACAGAGAUGACUGUUUGGGAACGCAAAGCGUCCCAUUUAUUAACAAUAAAUCUUUCAAUCAUUCAAUCAAACUUUCACAUCUUUGACAUGGCGAACAGCAUUCAUGCAGAGUACAAAUAAUACAACGGUGCAAAGUAAUACAAAGUGCUCGCCUGUACGUUAUCAAAAUAACCAGCCUACCGGUAUAUGAAAAGUCAGUCUUUAACCAUUGUGUCAUCGUCUUCCUCCUGCGUACUAAAACCACCGAAAUCCUCUUUGUCGGUGUCGGAGAAGAACAGGCCGUAAAUAAGCCGCACCCUUGUAUAAGCCGCAGGGACCAGAACGAGGGGAAAAAGUAGCGGCUUAUAGUCCGGAAAUUACGGUAAUAUUAUUGAUGUCAUUCACGUAAGAGACUAGACGUAUAAUAUUUCAUGGGAUUUAGCGAUUAGGAGUGACAGAUUGUUUGGUAAACGUAUAGCAUGUUCUAUAUGUUAUAGUUAUUUGAAGGACUCUUACCAUAAUAUGUUACGUUAACAUACCAGUUGGUUAUUUAUGCCUCAUAUAACGUACACUUAUUCAGCCUGUUGUUCACUAUUCUUUAGACAUUUUAAAGGCCUACUGAAAUGAUUUUUAUUUAUUUAAACAGGAAUAGCAGAUCCAUUCUAUGUGUCAUACUUGAUCAUUUCGCGAUAUUGCCAUAUUUUUGCUGAAAGGAUUUAGUAGAGAAAAUCAACGAUAAAGUUUGCAACUUUUGCUCGCUGGUAAAAAAAAGCCUUGCCUGUAGCGGAAGUAGCGUGACGUCACAGGAGCUAGUAUUCCUCACAAUUCCCCGUUGUUUACAAUGCAGCGAGAGAGAUUCGGACCGAGAAAGUGAUGAUUACCCCAUUAAUUUGAGCGAGGAUGAAAGAUUCGUGGAUGAGGGACGUGAGAGUGAAGGACUAGAGUGCAGUGCAGGACGCAUCUUUUUUCGCUCUGACCGUAACUUAGGUACAAGCUGGCUCAUUGGAUUCCACACUCUCUCCUUUUUCUAUUGUGGAUCACGGAUUUGUAUUUUAAACCACCUGGGAUACUAUAUCCUCUUGAAAAUGAGAGUCGAGAACGCGAAAUGGACAUUCGGUGCCUUUUAUCUCCACGACAAUACAUCGGCGAAAUGCUUUACCUACGAGCUAACGUGAUAGCAUCGUGCUUUAACUGCAUAUAGAAACAAAAGAAAUAAACCCCUGACUGGAAGGAUAGAUAGAAAAUCAACAAUACUAUUAAACCGUGGACAUGUAAAUACACGGUUAAUGCUUUCCAGGCUGGCGAAGGUUAACAAUGCUGUGCUAACGACGCCAUUGAAGCUAACUUAGCAACCGGACCACACAGAGCUAUGCUAAAAACAUUAGCUCUCCACCUACGCCAGCCAGCCCUCAUCUGCUCAUCAACACCCGUGCUCACCUGCGUUCCAGCGAUCGGCAGAAGGACGAAGGACUUCCCUCGAUGCGUUUGGCGGCCCGGAGACGUAGGAAGUCAAGGUGAGGUCGGUGGCUAGCGCGGCUAGCGCUCCAACAAAGUCCUCCUGGUUGUGUUGCUGUAGUCCGCUGCUAAUACACCGAUCCCACCUACAACUGUCUUCUUUGCAGCCUUCAUUGUUCAUUAAACAAAUUGCAAAAGAUGUCCAGAAUACUGUGGAAUUAUGAAAUGAAAACAGAGCUUUUUGUAUAGGAUUCUACGGGGUACCAUAACUUCCGUUACUCUGACUUCGUCACGCGCAUACGUCAUCAUACCGCGACGUUUCAGCCGGAUAUUUCCCGGGAAUUUUAAAAUGUCACUUUAUAAGUUAACCCGGCCGUAUUGGCAUGUGUUGCAAUGUUAAGAUUUCAUCAUUGAUAUAUAAACUAUCAGACUGCGUGGUCGCUAGUAGUGGCUUUCAGUAGGCCUUUAAAUUACCUUUCAAAUGUCUAUUCUUGCUGUUGGCUUUUAUCAAAUACAUUUCCCCCAAAAAAUGUGACUUAUACUCCAGUGCGACUUAUAUAUGUUUUUUUCCUUCUUUAUUAUGCAUUUUCGGCCGGUGCGACUUAUACUCCGAAAAAUACGGUCCCAUAAAUGAUAAUAGCAAUGUUUACUCGCUUCCUCUUCAACUCCUUUUUCAUUAGGGCCCGAGUAGCAAAAGCUGUGAAGUCCCUAUCAAAUUUGCUUGGUUUUAUUAAUAUCCUCCCACUCUUAACAUGCACGACAACUCACCAUUUUUUGCAAAAGCGUCCGGUCCGGCGAAAACUUUGAAAAUUUUAGGGUUUCCGAACACAAAUUGACUCUCUAGCGCAGGGGUGACAAACUGGUUUUCAUUGAGGGCCACAACGCAGUUAUGGUUGCCCUCAGAGGGCCACUUUUAACAAUGAGUAAUGAAUGAAUAUACAUGUGUGUAUAUAUAUAUAUAUAUUAGGGAUGUCCGAUAAUGGCUUUUUGCCGAUAUCCGAUAUUCCGAUAUUGUCCAACUCUUUAAUUACCGAUACCGAUAUCAACCGAUGUAUGCAGUCGUGAAAUUAACACAUUAUUAUGCCUAAUUUGGACAACCAGGUAUGGUGAAGAUAAGGUACUUUUUUUUUUUUAAAAUAAAAUAAGAUAACUAAAUUAAAAACAUUUUCUUGAAUAAAAAAGAAAGUAAAACAAUAUAAAAACAGUUACAUAGAAACUAGUAAUUAAUGAAAAUGAGUUAAAUUAACUGUUAAAGGUUAGUACUAUUAGUGGAGCAGCAGGACGCACAAUCAUGUGUGCUUACGGACUGUAUCCCUUGCAGACUGUAUUGAUAUAUAUUGAUAUAUCAUGUAGGAACCAGAAUAUUGAUAACAGAAAGAAAUGGGGGGAGGGAGGUUUUUUGGGUUGGUGCACUAAUUGUAAGUGUAUCUUGUGUUUUUUAUGUUGAUUUAAUUAAAAAACAAAAAAAAAAUGAUACAGAUAAAAAAACCGAUACCGAUAAUUUCAGAUAUUACAUUUUAACGCAUUUAUCGGCCGAUAUUAUCGGACAUCCCUAAUUGUCACCUUUAGGAACUAAGUGUAAAGUGUACUGCAUCCUUUUGUUGCACAAUCAAGGAUCGGGUCAGCUGGAAGAUUGAACUAGAUUUAUUCAAAAGCGGUCACAGACUCACAGGUAAAUGCUACAGCGUUGGUCGCAGCAGCCAGGUGCAAGAAUGAGACCCGAAGGGGAAGUCUUCUCCAUGCAGGGGCAGACAAGCUUGGUGAUGUUUACUUUGGAACUUUGCAAAAUGAUUUGUCUUUGACGCCUUAAAUCCUGUAUUUUGUUCCUUCUAUGGGACGCAGGUGAGCUUUGGUAUCGCAGUAAUCCUAACAUAAACAAUGUAAGACUUUUGAACAAGAGCAUCCUUGACGUAGCAAGGAAGGAUAAAACACAGGUUAAGACAUCAAAGUGACCUGUCUUGAAGGAAAAAUGUGUGUGGUGUACUUGUAAUAUUAAGGGAUUUGUCAAGUGGAUGUAAGUAAAAUAGAUGUAGAGCAAAAGGUUAUAUACUGUAGAAUAAUUAACACUUCAUGAUGUACGUACUGAGUUGUAAGUGUGUGAAAUGAUUGCUCAUUGUGCGUUUUGAGUGCAACAUUCGCAGUGCACUGCAUUUUGUCGCUCGAAAUGCAAAUAAUGGAAGUGCGCGAACUGAGUUACGCUUCAGUGUCCAAUGUUUACAAGCAAUCUGAGGUAAUGUUAUUUGAUUUGGUAUAUUUUUUAUUUCAAAUAUGCAAAACAAACAAGAGCAAGCCUGAUCCAGUACAGUGCUAUAGCCUUAACAGCCAUUAGAACCAAAUGAAAACAAUGGAGAAUAAAAAACGGAAAAAAAUAAACAAAAUGAGCAAUGGACUUUCUUUUAUUUUUAUUUUUUUUACAUAUUUGAAAAGGAGUGAGAAGAAGUUUACACUUAUUUAAUCCCACCCCCUUUCUUUAAAUCGGGGGUCCCCAAACUACGGCCCGCGGGCCGAAUCCGGCCCCCCAGCAUCCAAAAUCCGGCCCACAGGAAGUCCCAAGUUAAAAAAAUAGUUUAUUUUUUAAAUCUUUCCUUUAUUUUUUUUCAUUUUAUUUUUAUUGACAUUCCUAUCCAUUACAUCAUAUUCACAUAAAUCAUAUAUCUAUUGUCUGCCCUAAAUGUCAAAAUAUUUGUGUUUAUAUCCCAUCCAUACC